ACAUUGUCCAGUUAUUUAGAUAAGUAAGCUACUGGCCAUUGCCAGGGCCCAACUUGCUGGGUGAGAACGCCCAGUGCUACUUUCUCUUUUUCAUGCAUAUGCAGAUUGAAGGGUUGGCUGGGGUCUGGUAGCUCCAGUGCUCGGGCGCGACCAGGGUGGUCCUUUAUCGUCUGGAAAGCUUUCUCUUGCUCAGUGUCCCAAGAGAGAGGUACCAUGUCUGGUCCCUUUAAUACCUGAUAUAAGAAUUUAGCUAGGGCAGUGUAUCCUGGGAUCCAGAUUCGGCAGAACCCAGCUGCCCCCAGGAACUCUCCGAGCCCUUUCCGAGUCAUUGGGGUUGGAGGGGUUAUAAUUACUUUCUUUCUCUCUUGGCCUAGGACUUGCUCCCUGAGAGAUGAUAAACCCUAGAUAUUUUACCUGAGUCCAGCAUAUUUGUGCCUUUUUCCACAACCAGUACCCUGUCCUAGUCAGCAGUUUGAACAGCCCUGAGCAGCCGGCAAGUGCUCUCCUAGCACCGGUCUCUGGGUCUCUCUGGUCAGUGCGGCUAAAAGGAGGUCAUUUACAUACCGUAGUAACACCAGGUCAGUCUCCCUCCUGGUGAACGGCCUCAGGUCCCUGGCCAGGGCCUCUCCGAAGAGAGUGGGCGACCAAGACUGCAAUGAGGCUCAAGGUGUCAACCUGUAGCUGGACUUCUCCCGCUGGAUGGAAAAUAACUCGGGCUCCUAGUUUUGUGAGCAAGUCCUGCCCUAGGAGCGGUACAGGGCAUUCUGGAGUGUGGUCUUUGCCACUCCUUCAAUCCUUAAUCACAUAGUGCCUGUGACCAGCAAAAAGGGGUCUUGAGGGUGUGAGACAAGGUCUAAGAAGAGAUCAUCCUCUAUUGGACAUCAAAACUGACCAGGAAGUGUAUAAUGGAUGACUGAGCUAACUAGAAACUACCCUGGGGUGAUGCUCUGUGAAUUAAGGGAGUGGAGCUUGCUCGCUCUACACGCUGCUUCACGCCUGAGGAUAUCAAUGAAAAAGCCCCAUCUCCAGGCGCAGGCACAGCCAUGGAUAUGGGCUUGAGCUUUAUGGAGCUGCCACUAGUUGACCAGAAACACAGGAGUGGACAGAGAGAGGCCAAGGUACUGACUUGCUCGUUGUGCCAACAGGACCUGCAGUGUGCGGGAGCCUGGCUCCUGCCCUGCCAGCAUUUGCUCUGUAAGGACUGCUUUCAGGGCUUGGCGCAGGAGCUAGGGCAGGUCGCCAAGGCUCCCAUGACUGUCCCAGACGAGCUCAUCACCUGUCCUGGGUGUAAACGAGUGUACCCAACCAGCGAUGUAACUGAAUAUUUUUUUCUGCAGUGCUUUUCUGCUGGGCAAUUCAAGAUGGCCAGGAACUGCUCUGAGUGCAAGGAGAAGAGGGCUGCACACAUCCUCUGCACCUACUGCAACCGUUGGCUGUGCAGCUCCUGCACGGAAGAGCACCGGCAUGGCCCUGCGCCUGGGGGGCCGCUCUUUCCCCGGGCCCAGAAAGGAGCUCCAGGAGUGAACAGUAGUGGUUCUGGAGACUUCGCCUUGUACUGUCCUCUACACACACAGGAAGUGCUCAAGCUGUUCUGCGAGACUUGUGAUGUGCUCACAUGCCAUCGCUGCCUCAUGGUGGAACACAAAGAACACAGGUGCAGACAUCUUGAAGAAGUUCUGCAGAAUCAGAGGAUGCUUCUGGAAAGUGUGACUACACAGGUGGCCCAUAAAAAAUCUGCUCUACAGACAUCUGCAAAGCAAAUUGAGGACAGGAUUUUUGAGGUGAAGCAUCAGCACAGGAAGGUGGAAAACCAGAUCAAAAUGGCCAAGAUGGUUUUGAUGAAUGAGCUGAACAAACAGGCCAACGGGCUCAUAGAAGAGUUGGAGGGCAUUACUAAUGAGAGGAAGCGAAAGCUGGAGCAGCAGCUACAGAGCAUCAUGGUCCUCAACCGUCAGUUUGAGCAUGUGCAGAAUUUUAUCAACUGGGCUGUCUGCAGCAAAACCAGCAUCCCUUUCCUCUUCAGCAAAGAGCUGAUUGUGUUUCAGAUGCAGCGAUUGCUGGAGACAAAUUGUAACACAGAUCCUGGUUCCCCUUGGAGUAUCAGAUUCACCUGGGAACCUAACUUCUGGACCAAGCAGCUGGCUUCCCUUGGCUGCAUCACUACAGAAGGUGGACAACUGUCCCGGCCAGAUACCCCUGCUUAUGGAGGUUUACAGGGACCAUCAUCCUUCUAUCAAAGCCACCAGUCCCCCGUGGCUCAGCAAGAGACUCUCAGCCACCCCUCACACAAGUUUCAUUCUUCUGCACUGUGCUCCUCGUCUAUGUGUUGCUCUCACUGCUCCUCAGUCUCACCCUCCCUCAAAGGCCAGGUCCCCCCACCCAGCAUACACCCAGCCCACAGCUUUAGACAGCCCUCUGAGAUAGUGCCUCAACAGCUGGGGUCACUGCAGUGCUCCACCCUGCUACCCAGAGAGAAGGAGCUGCCCUGCACUCCUCAUCCACCAAAGCUGCUGCAGCCCUGGCUGGAAACCCAGCCCUCCGUGGAGCCGGAGAACGUAUCCCAGCGACUGGGGCAUCAGCUGACUUCCCAGCCGGUGUGCAUCGUCCCCCCACAGGAUGCUCAGCAAGGAGCCCAUGCCCAGCCCACCUUACAGACACCCUCUAUCCAAGUCCAGUUUGGUCACCACCAGAAGCUGAAGCUCAGCCACUUCCAGCAGCAGCCACAGCAGCAGCUGCCACCUCCGCCACCUCUGCCACCUCCACCCCAGCAGCAGCCACCCCCACCUCUACCUCCAUCUCAGCAUCUGGCUUCUAGUCAGCACGAGAACUCUCCCGGGCCUGCCUGUUCCCAGAACGUGGACAUAAUGCACCACAAGUUUGAGCUGGAGGAAAUGCAGAAGGACCUGGAGCUUCUCCUUCAGGCUCAACAACCCAGCCUGCAACUGAGUCAGACCAAGUCACCUCAGCAUCUUCAGCAAACCAUUGUGGGGCAGAUCAACUACAUCGUGAGGCAGCCAGCACCCGUCCAGUCCCAGAGCCAGGAGGACACUGUGCAGGCUACAGAUGAGCCCCCAGCAUCUGAAGGCCCAAAGCCAGCUCUCUCUCUUGACAAGAAUACUGCUGCUAACAUGCCCCAGUCGUCUGGGGCAGAAACCCCUCACAGUGUCCCCCCACUGGACAGCACCAGCCAGCACUCCUCUACAAAUGUGGUGAGAAAGCACUCCACCUCUGUGAGCAUUAUGGGCUUUUCCAACACUCUGGAGAUGGAGCUGUCAUCUACGAGGCUGGCGAGGGCCCUAGAGCCACAGAUCCAGAGUGUGAGCAGCCUGACAGCUGGCCACCCCCAGGCAGUACCAAGCCUGCUAAGUGGCCCCCCACCAACUGUGUCCAGCCUGCUGAGUGGUCAGAACCAGACUGUGUCCAGCCUGGCAGCCGGUCACCUGCAGACAGUGCCCAGCCUUGUGCGUGGCACAGCCCAGUCCAUGCCCACCCUGAUGAGUGAUUCCUCCCAGGCCAUCGCAAGCCUAGCAACUGAUUACUGUCAGGCCGGGCCCAGCCUGAUGUCUGGUCCCACCCAGCCCGUGCCAAGUCUAGCAACUUGUCCUCUGCAAAGUAUGCCGCCGGCUUCCGAUGUGCAGCCAGAGACUGGAGCCAGCCGCAGUCCUGGUUCUGGCCGAGCUGCAGGGAGUCUGUGCCCUGGGGAUGGGGCUGACUCCUCUGUGGGGAAUGCCCUGUGUAAGAUGGAAAGUGAGGAUUCCACCCAUUUCACUGACUCUUCGGGACAAGGCCCCACAGUCCCUGGCCUGCAUGUUUCCAAGGACUUAGCUAUCCCCUCAGAACUGGAGGAACCAAUUAACCUCUCUGUGAAAAAACCGCCUGUGGUCUCAGUGGUCAACACAUCCAUAGCUCUGCAGCAGUACCAGACCCCAAAAGGGUAUGAGAAUUUUGAACAAGGAGCCCUAGAACUGGAUGCCAAGGAGAACCAGAUCAUCAGACCCUACAGUAGCAAGCCCAAGAUUCCCUAUGUGCGGCUGGAGCGGCUCAAGAUCUGUGCUGCCUCCUCGGGAGAGAUGCCUGUGUUCAAGCUGAAGCCACAAAAGAACAAUCAGGAUGGAGGCUUCCUGUUGAUCAUCGAGUGUGGCACUGAGUCCUCCAGCAUGGCCAUUAAGGUCAGUCAGAACAACCUGCCUGAUGCCAUCCAGGCCCCAAGUCUGGGAGGAAGAAAGGUCACUGUUACAUCUCUGGCGGGGCAGCAGGCACCAGAGGUGGAGGGGGCAUCUCCUGAAGAACACAGAGUCAUUUCUCGAGCCCCUGGAGCCAAGAAGGGGCCCCCGGCACCAAUAGAGAAUGAGGACUUCUGUGCCGUGUGCCUCAAUGGGGGAGAGUUGCUGUGCUGUGACCGCUGCCCCAAGGUGUUCCACCUUUCCUGCCACCUGCCAGCCUUGCUCAGCUUUCCAGGGGGAGAUUGGGUGUGUACCUUGUGCCGCAGCCUGACCCAGCCCGAGAUGGAGUACGACUGUGAGAAUGCCCGUUACACCCAGCCUGCAGUGCGGGCCCUUCCUGGACUGAGCAUAUCUGACCAGAAGAAGUGUGAGAAGCUGGUACUGUCCUUGUGCUGCAAUAGCCUCAGCCUGCCUUUCCACGAGCCCGUCAGCCCACUGGCCCGGCAUUACUACCAAAUUAUCAAGAGGCCAAUGGACCUGUCAAUCAUCCGGAGGAAGCUGCAAAAGAAGGACCCAGCUCACUACACCACCCCAGAGGAGGUGGUGUCAGACGUGCGCCUCAUGUUCUGGAACUGUGCUAAGUUCAAUUAUCCUGACUCCGAGGUUGCAGAGGCCGGCCGCUGCCUGGAAGUAUUCUUUGAGGGCUGGUUGAAGGAGAUCUACCCAGAGAAACAGUUCGCCCAGCCGAGGCAGGAGGACUCCGACUCCGAGGAGGUGUCCAGCGAGAGCGGGUGUUCCACUCCCCAAGGCUUCCCGUGGCCCCCCUACAUGCAGGAGGGCAUCCAACCCAAGAGGCGGCGGCGACACCUGGAGAAUGAAAGAGCAAAAAGAAUGUCUUUCCGCCUGGCCAACAGCGUCUCCCAGGUGUAGGGCUGUAAGGAGACCCGGCGCUCUGGCAGGUGGUGCCGCCGCAUCCUCACGACCACUCCUCCCCACCUUCCCGCUCAUUCUCUUCAGACUGUGGAUGUGAGACAAGUCUUGUCGAGCUGAUGUAGUGCCCUUCUUUGCCAUUCGCAUCUUACAGCAUUUAUUUGGGAGCCAUAGUGCCUCCACUACAGAGAAGGUUUCAGUAAUAAACAGCAAAGAGGGAGGUGUUCCCUAACACCAGAGUAAUCACGUGUGUAGGGUAGCUUGGCGAGACCAAGCCUGGUCAGGCUUGGGAGGGCCUAACUUCCUUGGUGAACUCCUGCUGAAAAGCAGACUUUUCUCACCUUUCAGAGUGCAGGGCUCAGAAGAGGGUAAGAGAAGGGAGAGAGGUUCUGACCUAUGGCAGGCCUGUGAUCCCUGGUCCAGCACAGCCAAAGACUGUCACUGGUUGCCUUUGUCUGGCCUGCCGGGAUAGAGGUACCAGCCCUGGGCAGGGUGAUGGAGGCUUCUGGAGGUCAGAGGUCUCAAUAGGUGCCUAUUCGGGUUCUAACGGUUUUCAGGGUAUUUGUUUUCCGCGCCCCCUUUCCUGGCGUUGACUUCGUUGACUUCGUUGACUUCUGUGAAAGGGCUCGCCUGGUGUGGUGUUCCUGCUGAGCAGGCUGGCUUGCAGGGCUGGCUUGCAGAGACCACUCACAGCGUUAGGCUCAGAUUUCACUGAGCUUAAGAAGACGCCAACGCAUAGCCAGCCCUUUAAGCCACUCACUUUGGGCUAAUAUCUCUUCUUUGGUGUCAGAACCCGCUUUCCUAGAUGUGAUUGUUGGUGGCCACCCCUUCCCUCUCUCCAUUUUGGAUCCCAGGUUCUGCUUGGGAAGCUGAGACAGCUGCUUUAGGGACAACUAGUUUCCUGGGCAAGGAGAGUGAUCACAGCCAGCUCACUCCGCUGGGCCUCUCCUCCUGCUUCGAGAUUCUAGUCCUCAAUCUGGCCACGUUCACAGAGCCAAAGAUCGGAAGGGAGUCCUCCGACUUGCCUGCCCGUGGGCUCUCCACAGCCCAGAAAAAGCCACGCUUCUACUGGUAGCUCUUGUUUUUGUUGUUGGAGGUUGGAGAGAGCCAGGGGGACUGGCAGGAGCCAGGCCUGAGCAUUCACAGGGAAGUUCUGUCUAGGGUGGAGAAGGGGAGACCUGGGAGGCAAAAAGCCAGUGCCCUUCCAAGACCCUGAAGCCAUUUCAGGAUUUUCCUUCUCCUUGAAAGCAGAGAGAAGUGUUCUAGAAGCCAUGGGAACAGGAGCAGAGCUCCAGGCUGCAUCUCAGAUGGAUCUUCAUGGUUCAUUUAGGGUGUUAGGGAGGAAGAGGCAUAGGCGGGUGCCGGAGGUCAGGCCACCUGGUCAGACAAGUUUUGCUCGAGAAAGAACCCAUUGCUGAUGUUGUGUGGGAGCCGUGGACCUGCACUUCAGUUGCCAGGGGACAGAGGUCUCCCUAGGGGGUCCUGUCAUGGUUUGGUUAAUUUCACAGGAGUCUGAGUUUAUGGUUUUAUUUUUGCUAAGAGAUGCAGUCUAAGGAAGUUCUUGUUUGUAGGGUCUUCGUUGAUGGGAACAUUUGGAUCACAGAAAACAUUUCUUCUCUCCUUGUGAGUUGAUGGCACUGCUCAUUUCCUUCUCCGCCCAGGCCGGCAGGUCUUCCCAGUACAGCAAAGCGCGCCCAUUGACUUGCCAUUCUUUCACCAGCACUUCCAAGCUCCCCUAAGCAGGUGGGCUUCCAUACCCUGUUUUCUCGGUUGGGGUAACUAAGUCUUUAAUGCUCCAAAGCAGUCCUUGGGCUCACAUGACUUUCUGGUUUAGGUUCUGGCCACUUCUCUUUCAACUUUUGAAUGUUUCUCUCUGUUUGGUCGGCUUGGCAAGGUUCCCUCUGUAAUUACCUCACUGGUUCCUGCUCUUGGUAAUCUUUCCUUUGUGUGGCCCACAUUCCCACACCUCCCUGUCCCCCCACUGAGAGAGCUUCAUGGUGCUUCGUGUUGAGCAGCCAGGUGAAGGCUGUGUCCAGCUCAAACUCGAUUAAGAUCCUUCCCCAGGACCAGCUGGAGACCACAAAUAUAAAGCAGAAAUGCCUGGUUAGAGGCUUGGCUUUCCUUCUAUCAAUGAAGCUUUCAGCUUGGGGAUAGCACGAUGGGCCCAGGGAUCAGCCUGCUGGGCCAGAGGAUCUCAGUACUGUAGUAGGGAGUCACACAUUCCCUUCUGAUUACAGAGAUCCUGCAUGCCGAGAGGUUCCUUUAAGUACCUGAGCCUCGAGGGCCAGGAGGCAGAGUGUCCUUCCCUCCGAGGGUUCCAGGUCCUGGUCCACCAUACUAUCCCUGCACUGGUUAUCUGAAAGCACUGCCCUCUCUGUGCCGUUUCCUGUGUGCUUAGCAGCAGUGUUGUGAGUCAUGGUUAUGUUUUGUUUUGUUUUUGCAUGCAGAAAACAGAUCAUGCCUUUUUAGAAAAAUAAUUCAAAGUAUUAGCUUCGUGAUUGAUUUCAGUGGCUCUUUGCAAAUGUUUGAGUGGAUCCCACUUUUGGCUUAGAUCUGUAGUGGCCCCAUUUUGAAGUCAGUCAAGUUCUUUGGCCCUUGACAAAGUCAGGAAAUGAGAUACAAUGACCUCUGGAUUCUUAUGGUGCAAAAUACCACCCUAGAGACGAAAUUGGGCUUCUUGGGUGUGCUGAGAGACAGGAGGAUGAAGUGGUUUCCUUUGAUGCAAAGGAGGUUUUCGUGCAAACACUGAGGAACUUGCAGAGCACUCUUUCGGAACACGGGCAGGUCGGUCCUGCCUGCCUUCUAGCAGUUGCCAACUACACAUACUCUGCAGGUGCCACCAAGCGGCAGCCACCGGACGCCCCUAGCCUUUGCUGUGCGCAGGCCCUGCCGUCAGCCCCGGCACACGCUGGCUCUCCGUGCCCCUUUCUGGCAACAGGUCCUUGCCUAAGACCAAGCCCCUUCUUGUUUCUUCCUGGCCUCAGCUCCGUUUCCUCUCUCAAUCCAUGGUAGCGCCUUAAUCUUCUCCGAGCUCCUGGACUGAGACCUUCCUUUUGGAUCACCAUAGCUAUGUUCGCUCUCCUCCUACUCCCUCACUGCUAUUUACUUAAAUUGUUUGCUCCUUCAGCCCAUUUCCAUGGCCUCAGUUGUCCUUCCAGUCUUUCAGCCUUCUCCUGGACUUCUUCCUCUCCCCAGCCUGAGCCUAUGGCCCAUCGCUGACAUUUUUAUCACAAUCCUGAAGUUUCUCAUCACCCCCAACUUCUGCUGAAACUGUUAACCAUUCUCCAUUUUCUGUACCACCCUGGUUUUUUGCUCCAUCUUCCUGGGCUGCUAAGCAUGGCAGAGCCAUAGUGACAGCCUGAGUUGAACUCUCAGUAUUUAUUGGUGUAUGUCCGACUUAUUAUUAUUCUGCUUUCAGUCCAUGCCAUUCAUCCUUGCCCCCAGCAGGUGACUGGCCUCACUGCCCGCUUCCUGGAUGAGAGGCCCCAAGGCAACCACUUCCUUCCCCGCUUCUUUCUCCCCUGUCCCAUCUCUCUGUCUUUGUCCUUCCUCUUGCUCCUGUUUGGUGCCUAUUUCUUGAACCCUGCUAUAUGCCCUCCGAGAGUUUGCUCUGUCACUUGUCGCAUUGCCCUUAUUCUCCAGCGUCUUCAAUCUCCCUCUCCAUUGGUUACCUCCCAUAAUCCACAAACAAGCACAGGCUCCCCGCCCCAAAUUUUUUUUAAAAACCUACUAGAGGCUGUUGCCUCUUACAUGUUUUCCUUGUCAGCUUCAUUUCUUUUAAAAAGAAUAUUUUUCACUGAUUUCUCUCACAUCACUCUUCACCCUCUAUAGUUUUUCAUAAAAGUCACCAGUGACCAUGCAGUUGCCAAAUUAAAUGGAUAUUUUCAGCUCUCAACUGUCUUGAACUUUAUACAUUUCACACCUUCUACCACUUCCUCAUUGAAACACCCUCUUCUCUUGGCUUGCAGGACACCACAAGUCUCUGGGUUAUCAUCCUCUUACCUGUCAGCCAUGCGGGCCUGAGCCUCCGUUGAGACCUUGACAGGGGGACGCACUGUAGCUUUCUCUGGCCUCUCCUCUGGAGCGGCUGGGCAGGCGGGAGGAAGCACUGCCGCUGCUGCUCUGGCCCCGCCCUCUGUGUCGGCUGGCCUCCUCUCUUCUGCCUGCUUCUCCUCCUGGACCCAGUUCUCCUUGUGCCACGAUGUUUAUCAUGAGCUCUGCCAGGAGGACAGCAUCUGCCGGCCCUCCCCCUGUCUCUUCCAACGCAGCAGAGACAGACUGUAGCCUCGUUUGCUGAGAGGCCCCAUUUAAAUCAGCCCAAAAGGAUGGGUUGGGUCUCCCCAAGAAGCAGUUUGGUAAAUGGGAUUAUCAGGCUAGUGGGCAGCUCAUCUCAGGUUCCUGCACUAGGGUUUGUUGCUGUUGAAUGGUGGUCCAAGGAGCUCGGGAACUUGUUUGCAUGUGUGGUUCGGUGCUGCUAGCCAGGAGGAGACUCCUGGCCUGGUGAGUGUCUGCCACCAAUAACAUCCUGGUGGAGGUGAAACUGAGAAGUGCUGUGAUUUGUCAUUGGCUUGGGGCUCAGUUGGGGUCAGCCUAGCCUCCUUCAGCCAGGUCUUUCCCAUCUGUACGGGUCAUAGCCACCUGCAUGCUCCGGUUCUGAGAGCUGGAGGCAAACGUAUGUUGUUUUCUUGGAAGUAGGGAGGUGUUGUAAAGAGAAAUCUCAUUUGAGAUGUUGAACACCUAAGUUUGGUCUAUGCCAGUUAUGGGGUGCGUGACCUUGGGUACAGUUUCCCUAUCUAUAGAGCUGGGCCCGGAUCAAGGACGGGUAUGGAAAGCAGUGAUUUCCAGAGGUUCCCCAGCUCUAAAGACGGUAAUGGUGAUUCUAACUCUGAAGUUCAGGCCACACAAGGAACAAGGGAAUACUGGGUGUGGGACCCAGCUGGGGAGUCUUGGCCAAGGCAGGGCAAAGGGACGCACAGGCCAAAAUGAGCUGCUCUGAGGAAAGCCUUCAGUAGCUGCUGCUGCUUCCGGAGCUGUCCGCCCCUUCCUCAAGCUGCACGCCUUUCUUGGGUAUCUAGGUGAGUUCUUUCUAGGCCUUUUCCUAGAAACAGCCCUUGGAAUCCAAAAGUUUUAGUUGGGGGAAUGAGGGAGGAAUAUUGUAAGGGGAAGUGUCACUGAUCUUAAAAGGACCUACACAUUCAAGAACAAAUAAAAAAUAGCACUUUUUGUUACCA